AUGUAUUUUAUUCUUGCUAAUAGAUUGCUCAAAAGAUUCGAAUAUGUAGACAUUAAGCAUGUCCCUAGAUUAAGGAAUCAAGAGGCAUAUGAUUUAGCACAAAUAACCUCAAGAUAUAAGGUUUCGAAAGAAAAGUUAGAAGGGUUGAUUGAAGUUAAAGGAAAAGCAUUGGAUACCAGAUUAUCUCCGUCAAAUUUAGAAAUCACAAGGCUGGGAUACGCUAACGAAAAAGAGUUUGAAGUCUUAGCCAUUGACACUGCUGUAGAUACUGAUUGGCGAAGUCCAAUCAUAAAUUAUCUUAGAGAUCCUACAAUAAAUACAGAAAGAAAUAUCAAGUAUAGAGUCAUAUCCUAUAUAUUGAUGGGAAACGAACUGUUCAAGAAAACACCAGAUGGGAUCUUACUCAAAUGCUUAGGAGAAAGUGAGACAUAUUUAGCCUUAUCUAGUGUACAUAUUGGGGCAUGCGGAGCACACCAAGCCGGACAUAAGAUGAAAUGGUUAUUAUUUUUGUUAUGGGAUAUGUUAGCCCACUAUGCUCAAGUACUGCAUAGACUUCGCCAAAGGAUGCCAAGAGUGUCAAGUCCAUGCAGGUAUCCAACAUGUUCCUGCAAGCGAACUCCAUUCGAUUAUCAAGCCAUGGCCAUUUAG